AUGUUGCAGAAGAUUGCUGCUCUUACUACCUUGCUGGCCCUCGCGGCUGGCCAGCAGGUCGGUACCUCAACCACAGAGACUCACCCCAAGAUGAGCUGGUCUAAGUGCAGCUCCGGCGGAUCUUGCACUAGCCAGUCAGGAGAGGUCGUCAUUGACUCUAACUGGCGAUGGGUUCACGACAAGGGCGGAUAUACCAACUGCUACACUGGCAACAAGUGGAACGAGACCAUUUGCAAGGACUCCAAGACUUGCGCUGCUAACUGUGCCUUGGAUGGCGCCGAUUACCCGGGCACUUAUGGAGCCUCUACCAGUGGCAAUGCUUUGACCCUGAAGUUCGUGACCAAGGACAACUAUGGAACCAACAUUGGUUCUCGUCUCUACCUGAUGGCCAGCUCCUCGAAAUAUCAGAUGUUCACCCUUCUUGGCAAUGAGUUCACAUUCGAUGUCGACGUUUCCAAGUUGGGCUGCGGUCUCAACGGCGCUCUGUACUUCGUCUCCAUGGACGAGGAUGGUGGUCUGUCUAAGUACUCGACCAACAAGGCCGGUGCCAAGUACGGAACCGGAUAUUGCGAUGCGCAGUGCCCCCGUGACCUUAAGUUCAUCAACGGCGAGGCCAACUCUGCUCAGUGGGAGCCUUCGUCCAACGACCAGAAUGCCGGUGUUGGCCAGUACGGCUCUUGCUGCACAGAGAUGGAUAUCUGGGAGGCCAACUCAAUCUCUACGGCAUACACCCCGCAUCCUUGCACCACAGUCGGCCAGCACCGCUGCGAGGGUGAUGGCUGCGGUGGUACCUACUCCUCCGACAGAUACGGCGGUACUUGUGAUCCUGAUGGCUGUGAUUUCAACAGCUACCGACAGGGUGUGAAGGACUUCUACGGACCCGGAAUGACGGUCGACACGACCAAGAAGUUCACUGUGGUCACGCAAUUCAUCAGUAGUGGUGGCUCGCUCUCUGAGAUCAAGCGCUUCUACGUGCAGGACGGCAAGACCAUCCCCAACUCCGAGUCCACUAUCAGUGGCAACAGCGGUAACUCAGUCACCCCCGACUUCUGCAAGUCGCAAAAGACUGCCUUCGGCGACCAGGACAUCUUCAACCAGAAGGGUGGCUUUGCCCAGUUCUCCAAGGCGCUGUCCUCGGGAAUGGUCCUAGUCAUGUCCCUUUGGGACGAUCACUACGCCAACAUGCUCUGGCUGGAUUCCACCUACCCCGUCGAUGCUUCUCCCGACGAGCCAGGCAAGGGCCGUGGUACUUGCGAUACCAGCUCCGGUGUUCCCUCCGAUAUCGAGACCUCUCAAGCCAGCAACCAGGUCAUCUACUCGAACAUCAAAUUCGGCCCUAUCAACUCCACCUUCACGGCCUCCUAA